AUGUUGGACUCUCAGCAAGGUUACUUUUCCGAUUUUGCGGGACAACAAAUCCAGGAUAAUCGGGACAGCUAUGGUGGCCCAAAUCGCUAUUCUUCCGGGGAUGCAUUCUCACCUACCGCUGCAAUUCCUCCUCCGAUGCUUUCACAGAACGAGUUGCCUUCUGCCAUGGCGGUCGAGUGUCAACUACCAUUGGAGCCUCGCGACGUACCAUUUGCAGUGUACGACCCCCACAAUGGCAACGUACCCAUGUCAAAAUUUGACAACAUUGGUGCCGUGUUACGCCACCGUGGGAGGACGAAUCCCAAACAGAUCGCGUAUUGGCUGCUUGACCCCAAAGGCAAAGAAGUCUCGUCAAUUACCUGGGACAAGGUUCACAGCCGUGCUGAGAAAGUUGCAAAGGUUAUCAGGGAUAAGAGCAAUCUCUACCGUGGAGACAGAGUAGCUUUGGUUUACCGUGAUACGGAGAUUAUCGAAUUCGCCAUCGCGCUCCUUGGCUGUUUCAUUGCUGGGGUUGUGGCAGUCCCGAUGAAUAGCGUCGACGACUACCAGAAGCUAAGCCUUUUACUGACUACCACGCAAGCUCAUCUAGCUCUCACUACCGACAAUAAUCUAAAAGCAUUCCACCGUGAUAUCAGCCAAAACCGCCUAAAAUGGCCUAGCGGUGUAGAAUGGUGGAAGACGAAUGAGUUCGGAAGUUGGCAUCCAAAGAAGCACGACGAAGCACCACCACUUCAAGUACCCGACCUCGCUUACAUUGAGUUUUCGCGAGCACCUACCGGCGACUUGAGAGGUGUCGUUCUCAGCCACAGAACUAUCAUGCACCAAAUGGCUUGUAUAAGUGCCAUUAUCUCUACUAUACCCUCAGGAAAAGAGGGCCUCGAUACCUUCCAUACAGGUUUACGGGAUAAGAAUGGGAAUUUCAUUGCCGGGACCCCGAAGAGCGGAAAUGGCGAGACCAUCUUGAGCUACUUGGACCCUCGUGAGGGUGCUGGUCUAAUACUAGGGGUAUUGUUCGGGGUGUACGGCGGCCAUACCACCUUAUGGCUUGAAGCACGAACUGUUGAGACCCCAGGUCUAUAUGCACAUCUGAUUUCGAAGUACAAGACAACAAUCAUGGUGGCCGACUACCCCGGGCUUAAGCGCGCGGCAUACAACUACCAGCAAGAUCCAAUGGCUACACGGUCAUUCAAAAAGGGCAUCGAGCCAAACUUCGCGUCGGUAAAAAUCUGCUUGAUUGAUACCCUGACCGUCGACUGUGAGUUCCAUGAAAUCCUUGCGGAUCGGUGGUUGCGUCCUAUGCGAAAUCCUAGGGCAAGAGAACUAGUUGCGCCAAUGUUGUGUUUACCAGAACAUGGAGGCAUGAUUGUAUCAGUCAGAGACUGGUUGGGUGGAGAGGAGCGUAUGGGGUGUCCUUUGAGCAUGGAAGAGCCAGAAGAAGAAGUUGAGGAGAAGAAACCAGAGGACGUUGGCGCCCAAAAUGGCUACAGCAGUCUCAUUGGAGGUGGCAAUAUCAAAAAAUCCAACCACAAAAAGAGCCGAACCGAAUUGACCGAGAUUCUACUUGAUAAAGAGGCGCUCAAGAUGAAUGAAGUCAUUGUCUUAGCGAUGGGAGAUGAAGCUAGGAAGCGAGCAAACGAACCCGGCACUAUGAGAAUCGGCGCAUUUGGCUACCCCAUACCAGAUGGUACGCUUGCUCUUGUUGAUCCAGAGACCAACCUGCUUUGCAGCCCGUAUACCAUUGGCGAAAUCUGGGUAGACUCGCCAUCUCUAUCUGGAGGGUUCUGGGCGUUACCGAAACAUACAGAAAGCAUCUUCCACGCCCGGCCAUAUCGAUUCGUGGAAGGCAACCCAACUCCACUUCUGCUUGACCUAGAAUUCCUUCGGACAGGUCUUCUUGGAUGUAUUGUUGAGGGGAAAAUAUUUGUCCUCGGUCUAUAUGAGGAUCGUAUCCGCCAACGAGUGGAGUGGGUUGAACACGGUGUCCAAGAGGCAGAACACCGCUACUUCUUUGUCCAACACCUAGUAGUCAGCAUCAUGAAAUCUGUCCCUAAGAUUUACGACUGCUCUGCUUUCGACAAUCACGUCAAUGGCGAAUACCUUCCCAUCAUCCUCAUUGAAACUCAGGCCGCUUCGACGAACCCAACGAACCCAGGCGGCCCUCCCAGACAGCUAGACAUACCCUUUUUGGACUCUCUCUCCGAACGGUGCAUGGAAGUGUUAUACCAAGAACAUCAUCUACGCGUCUAUUGCGUAAUGAUUACUGCACCCAACCAACUCCCAAGAGUAGUCAAAAACGGUAGGAGAGAGAUUGGAAAUAUGCUUUGUCGCAAAGAAUUUGACAACGGCUCUCUGCCUUGUGUUCAUGUCAAAUUUGGAGUCGAGAGAGCUGUGCAGAACCUCCCGCUUGGCGACGACCCAUCCGGUGGAAUCUGGUCUCCAAUGGCUUCUCGCGCGCGGCAGAGCAUGCUGAUGAUGCAAGAUAAGCAAUACUCUGGUGUUGACUACCGCGAAGUAGUGAUUGAUGAUCGGACAUCCACUCCCCUGAAUCAAUUUUCAAACAUUCAUGACCUCAUGCAAUGGCGAGUCUCUCGGCAAUCCGAAGAACUAUCCUACUGCACGAUAGACGGCCGGGGAAGAGAAGGCAAGGGUGUGAAUUGGAAAAAGUUCGAUCUUAAGGUCGCUGCAGUCGCAAUGUACCUGAAAAACAAGGUCAAGGUCCAACCUGGAGAUCAUCUACUCCUGAUGUACACGCAUUCCGAGGACUUCGUCUUUGCCGUCCACGCCUGCUUUUGCCUCGGCGCAAUUGCUAUCCCAAUGGCGCCCAUCGACCAGAAUCGUCUAAACGAGGACGCGCCAGCAAUGCUGCACAUGAUCGCGGAUUUCAAAGUGAAAGCAAUACUUGUGAACAACGAAGUGGACCACUUGAUGAAGAUCAAGACGGUAUCUCAACAUUUGAAGCAGUCAGCGAUGAUUCUGAGAGUCAACCUUCCAGGUACCUACAACACAGCAAAACCACCCAAGCAAUCUAGUGGAUGUCGGGAUCUAGGGUUGACAAUACGGCCUGCAUGGGUACAAAGCGGAUAUCCAGUACUGAUUUGGACGUAUUGGACCCCUGAUCAAAGACGCAUCGCGGUUCAAUUAGGCCACGAUACUAUUAUGGCCCUCUGCAAGGUCCAGAAGGAAACGUGUCAAAUGACUAGUACAAGGCCGGUUCUUGGCUGCGUCAGAAGCACGCUUGGGCUUGGAUUUAUACACACAUGUGUCAUGGGGAUAUUCCUAGCUGCGCCGACCUACCUUGUGUCGCCGGUAGACUUCGCACAAAAUCCUAACAUUUUGUUCCAGACGCUAGCAAGAUACAAAAUCAAGGACACCUAUGCUACGAGCCAGAUGUUGGAUCAUGCGAUGGCUCAUGGCGCUGGCAAAGCAACUGUUCUUCAGGAGCUCAAGAACUUGAUGAUUGCAACUGAUGGUCGACCCAGAGUCGAUGUCUACCAAAAGGUGCGUGUACAUUUUGCGCAAGCUGGGCUUGACAGAACAGCCAUCAACACAAUCUACUCCCACGUCCUCAACCCGAUGGUGGCUUCCCGGUCGUACAUGUGCAUCGAACCAAUUGAGCUUUGGCUGGAUAUGAGUGCUCUCAGGCGAGGACUAGUUAUCCCCGUAGACCCUGACAACGAACCCUUCUCUCUUCUUGUGCAAGACUCCGGGAUGGUACCCGUCAGCACACAGAUCGCCAUUGUCAAUCCCGAAACGAACCACCUGUGCCUAGUCGGCGAGUAUGGCGAGAUUUGGGUACAAUCUGAAGCCAACGCACACAGCUUCUACGGAUCGAAGGAGCUUCUUGAUGCCGAAAGGUUCAAUGGACGGACAGUUGAUGGUGAUCCUAACGUGCAUUAUGUUCGAACCGGCGAUCUCGGAUUCCUACACAACGUGAGCAGACCCAUCGGACCCGGCGGUGCUUCAGUCGAGAUGCAAAUCCUCUUCGUAUUGGGCAGUAUCGGUGAUACAUUCGAAGUCAACGGACUCAAUCACUUCUCAAGUGACAUAGAGCUUUCAGUAGAGAAAUGUCACCGCAAUGUCGUUCCAGGCGGUUGCGCUGUUUUCCAAGCAGGAGGCUUAAUUGUAGUCGUUGUGGAAAUAUUCCGCAAGGGCUUCCUAGCUUCAGUCGUGCCUGUCAUUGUCAACGCCAUCCUAAACGAGCACCAUCUCGUGACCGACGUCGUCGCCUUUGUCAGCAAAGGAGACUUCCACCGCUCUCGACUCGGCGAGAAGCAGCGAGGCAAGAUCCUCGCGGGCUGGGUCACAAGGAAGAUGCGAACCAUCGCACAGUUCAGCAUCCGUGAUCCUGAAGGCCCAGACAGCCAGAUCACCGAAGAGCCUGGCAUGGCUGGCCGUUCCAGCACGAGCACCUUUAGAAACGGCGGCGGCCCUGGAAGCGUUAAGGGUAGCCUGAAGGGAAGCACCUUGGGGAUGACAACCCAGAUGUCGAAUAUAGGACUCCAGCAAUCCAGCCAGCUUUCAAAUUAUGCCCCGCUACCAACUGGCAUUUCCGAAAUGCCAUCUGGUCCCUACGCAGACUCCAUUCCUGAACUAGCCGCCGGCUCGUUCCGCUCGCAGAGCGAUGGCGCUAACGACGAGACACCGACGGAGACGCGAAAGAUGUUCCCAACCAUCGCCGGCGAGGGCGGCAUCACCUACUCGCCUGUCGACGCCAGAGGCGUCUUCGACGAGAAUAACACUCCGAUCCAACAAUACGCCUCCGGCCACACCUCUCCUCUCCCCAGCGCGCUUCUACCAGGCGUCCAGCACGAGGACACGGGCCCACCGCAGCCUAGUUACGGCAACAAACCCUUCCUGGACCCGGGCAGGACGGGCUCGCUAGACGAUGGCGACCGCUGGACGCUGCCGUCGCAGAACCAGGGAGGUGGGCUGCGCGUCGCGAACCGCACGAGUUUGUCGAGCAGCGGCGAUGAAGAGUGGUCCCGUGAAGCGCUCAUGCAGAUGAACUUUGCGGGCGACGGGCCGGAUCGGGUGAGUAAGCUUGGUGGGGUGGAUGGGCCGCAGCGUUAA